AUAAGGGAGGAACACAUCCUUUUCCCUGCCUUUCAGAGCCAAAUAACUUAUGGAUGAUAGAAAGCUCACCUAUCAAGCAAUUUUCUAUGAGAUAUUAUAUCAAAUGGUCAUUGAGAAAUGCACUGAGGAGGAUAAAGGGAAACUCAGAAGCUGAAGCUUCUCUCAUGAAAAUCAAUUCACUCCGAGCUGAAGCAGAUCAUGCAACAGAAAGAGCCGAGGAAGCAGAAGCAAAUUUAAAGAAAGCAAAUGAAGAAAUAAUAGCCAAAGAACAAGAAAUCAUUUCACAUCAAAAUAAAAUAACACUUUUAGAAGCGGAACUUGAGCGAGCGGAGAAGAAACUUUCGGAUAUUAAACUUGCAAAAGAUGAAGAAGAAAAUAGUAAAAGUGUUACUGAAUCACUUCAACGAAAAAAUGCUUUACUUGAAAAAGAAUUGGAUAAUGCCGAGAAGACUUUAAGAGAGACGACUGAAAAAUUACGUCAAACAGAUGUAAAAUCGGAACAUUUUGAAAGAAAAGUUCAUCAGCUUGAAUCUGAAAAAUUCGAAUUAGAAAAAGCACUUGAACAACAAUCUGAAGAGUUUAAAGCAGUUAAAGAAGAACUUGAUACCACACUCAAAUCAAUUGCUGACCUUUAA